AUGUCUUCUCUUCAUCUCGAAUUAAAAGACGACGAUCCAUGGUUCAUCGAGGUAAAAAUCUUCAAGAUCCUGCGGGACUACCUACAAGACCCCGCCGCCUCCCCUGCAGCCGCAGUUCAAGCACUAGAUCGACUGUUCCCUGCGAACCGUCCUGAUGAGGAUCAACCUGCAGACGAGCCCCGCGAGGACCCAGGAAGUUUUCUCUGGCACUUCUGGGGCGUGGUUCAUAAUGUGGCCCAGCAGAUACCCUACACUGCUCCUGAACAGGACAGACUCGCAGAGCUGAUCAGAGCCCUGAGAGGUCUAUCUUCCCAGACCGAAACUGUCUACCUGGCGACAUGGGGCCAUACCUUUGACUUGUGGGGAGAUUUACCGUUGCUAGGUCCGACAUUCAGGGAGAUGUAUGAUUGUAUGGUAUCUCUGAAUGACAAGGAGGAGCGUGAACAUUGGCAGAGCUUAAAUGCUUAUGCUGCUCGCUUGACUAGAGAUGACUCUGCUAAUUUGAUUCUCUUCGCGAAAUAUUCGAUCGAAGGAAUGUUAGAAGAAGAUUUGGAGCUCGGACUCGUCGAUGAUGGCCCCAGAUCUAUUCUGGAAUCUAGGAUGGUUGUUGCAGCGGAAUGGGUCAUACAGUGCGGACAGAGACUUGUGGCCCAGGAAGACGAAGGGAUAAGUAUGGAAAGUUGGCAGAGGUGUAAGGAGAGGUUCAGCAGCGUCUUAGAUAAUGCUUCGAUGAGUCCGCAGACUCGGGAAAGAGUUCAAAAGGCAAAACAGGUUAUGGAAGCUGUUCACUUGAGAUGA